CGGUCGAGUUGCAGUCCUUCGCUGUGGACAUCAGAGAUCCUGAGGGAAGGAGCAAUCCAUCCAGUCCCCGUCAGGAGCUAUUUUUCAGGAGAAUCUCUCAGGAAGAUCCAAGUCAGGACACCUUAGGAGGGAAGACUCGAAUGAAGUUCUCUGCCCUUCAUGGUGGAGCUGAAACAGGGGCUGAACCUACAGCUGAAGAGGGUCUUGUGUCCUUCAAGGAGGUGGCUGUGUACUUCUCUGAGGAGGAGUGGUCUCAGCUGGAUCCGCACCAAAAAGCGUUGCAUUGGGAAGUCAUGCUGGAAAAUUAUCGCAACGUGGUCUCUCUCGGUGGUCAUGGCUAUGAGAAUAAUGAUUCCAGUGAAAAAUUCAAAGUGAUCAGGCAUGGAGAC